CACUUUUCCUUUCUUCUCACCUUACGUCACGCGCGUCUCUCUUUUCUCUAUCUUUCUUUCUUUUCUUCUCUCCGCUACACCUUCUCACCUACACACACAUCUAUUUAUACUUGGAGGAUGUCGGUGGAAACCCUGUCCGGUGUGCUUUAGAUUUUGCCCACCGCGCGCCAUUCCUCAUCUAAGUGCUAGGACAUCCUGGGAUUUUCUUAUUUUAUUAUCUUGCUUCUUCAAAAUUUUAGAGUCUUCAUAUUUUAUUUUAAUUAGUCUGUGAUUUCUUAACAACCACCAUAGCAUUUCCAAUGACUAACGGCCAGAAUAAGAAAAUUAGAUAAAGGAGCAUUGAUCUCAAGAGGCUGGGUCCUGUGGGGAAAAAUGUUGGUCUGCUUUUUUUAAUGGAGUCAUCGUCGUCAUUAUAUAUAUAUAUAUAUAUAUAUAUUUAUAUUUAUAUAUUGGAACUCAACAACCACUCGCUUGACUUGGCAUGACUUGAGAGAGCAGCCCCUUUCUCAGUAAUCACUUUAAAACCCAGGCAGGCGAAGGCAAGAGUGUUAUCCUAAACCUAAUUGUGAAUUGGGUCUUAAUCCUCUUUCUCUUUCUCAUACAACACCAUGGUGGUGAAGGUGUAUGGCCCUGCCUGUGCUUCCACAAAACGCGUGCUUCUUGUUCUGAUUGAGAAGGGCAUUGAGUUUGAAACUGUCAAUGUUGAUGUCAGUAAAGGUGAACAGAGAAAUCCUGAAUACCUCAAAUUACAGCCCUUUGGAGUUGUUCCUGUGAUUCAAGAUGGAGACUUUACCUUAUUUGAAUCCAGGGCAAUAAUGAGAUAUUAUGCAGAAAAGUACAAGUCUCAGGGCGUAGACUUGCUGGGGAAGACGAUGGAAGAGAGGGGUCUGGUGGAACAAUGGCUGGAAGUUGAGGCACAAAACUUUCACCCAUUUGCUUAUAACUUAGCAAUUCAUAUUCUGUUUGCUUCAAUAAUUGGGAUCACUCCAGAUCCAAAAGUGAUUGAAGAGAGUGAAGCUAAGCUGGACAAGGUUCUCAACAUUUAUGAGGAAACGCUCUCAAAGAGCAAGUACUUGGCUGGUGAUUUCUUCAGCCUGGCUGAUAUGAGCCAUCUUCCAUUCAUGGAUUAUCUGGUCAAUAAUAUGGGGAAGGAGCAUCUGAUUCACAAGAGGAAGCAUGUCAGUAGCUGGUGGGAUGAUAUCAGUAGCAGAGCUUCAUGGAAGAAAGUUUUGGAUCUUCACAAAGCUCCUAUAUAGGUGUUUCUGUAUGACAAGAUCAAUGAACAGUGAAAUGACUCAGUGAGUGUGUGGUUAGAAUAAAUUUGUAUUAUCAUUACCUUCUUCAAUUCUGAUGAGGAAAGGUAAGCGAGAUUUAAAGAGGUUAUAUUUUCUUGUGGUGGAAAUUGAAGGAGCAUCAAGUCUUUGAAUUUUGUUUA